ACUCCAUCCUGGCUUGGCUCCCGUCUGGCUUGUCUCUCCCCGCUCCCUCUCGCCAUGGACGCGUCGUCCCUCGAGCUCAGAAAGAGCAUCCUAGACUGGGAUGAGAACGACGUCCACGCCUGGUUCACCUAUCUUGGCUUUCCGCAGUACGAGCAGCAGGUUAGAGAACACAACAUAUCCGGUGAUGUCCUCUGUCUUCUCGACCCCGACAGCCUCAAGGAAAUGGGCAUUGCUACUAUCGGCCAACGACUCGCGAUUUUGAAGGCCGUCUACAACGUUAAGCUCUCCCAGAACAUCCCUAUUGAAGCUGACCACUACGUCCCACCAUCGGAGGUGGAUGAGCGCCACGAACAUAUCAGCGUCGAGAGAUUGUAUGAUCUGCUCAAGGAUCAAGGCGACCGCCUUCGUUCACUAGAAGAGGACAACAGAAGACUAAGCGAGACCCUCGGCAGUUGUCUAGAGGACCUCAGCUCACUUCGCCAUGCAUCACAACGACCAUCCACGGGGGAGGCGGAGAGUCCCGUGCAACGUUCACAUUCCUUCAAGUGGGCGUCCUUCGUGAAGCCAUCCAAGUCUCCCACCAAAGCUGCACCCGAAGUCGAGUCACCACAGCCCUCCCCCCAACGUUCAGAACACGAUACGAGCAGUGGGCCCCGUCAGACCAGCAGCACUCUCACCGACAAGACCCGCGCAUCCGGCUCUACGCUUGUUGGCAACGAACCUUCCACGAGUCAGCAUACGUCAUAUUCGACCACAAACACAUUGCUGCCCAACCCCAACCCCCCUCGUCCACAACGCCAGGAUAGCCAGGAUAACCUGAAGAGCUUCAAAGUCAGUCUCGAUGAUCCAGCAUGGAAAGUUCUUCCUGCGGCCCUCAAGAAGUAUAAGAUCAACAACGAUGAUUGGCAAAACUACGCCAUGUUUAUCUGCUAUGGCGCCGCGGGGAACCGUAUCGAGCGGUGUCUGAGUUACGACGAGAAGCCCUUGUUGCUCUUCCAGAAACUCAAGGAUGCGAAGAAGAACCCUGUGUUCAUGCUGAAGCACAUCAAGGAUAUUCGGUCUCCAAUCGCGGUCGCGCAGCAGAAGCAGGCCGCUCGGAAAGCCUCGGCCACCACCGUCGACGGGGCACCUUCUGCGAGAUCUGUGUCGACACCAGGAACCAGCUCGUUGCAGACGUCACCAGGGCAGGGCCGUGGACGUCCACCAAAGCUGCAAGUGAACCAGCUACCAAUCCAGACGCCCGGCCUCCUCACGAGUGUGCCCAACGGUCAGUCGGGCUGGCCAGAGCUUAUGUCGCCGCUGGUCGACCACAAGGGCGAUACCGCCGCCGACGCAUCCAAGAGUCAUAGCGACGCCAGUGCUGCGGGCGCGUCGGAGGGACCAGAGGCGAGUACUCCUCCUGUCCUUAGGGAAAUGCCUCCGGCCACAGAGGUGUCUUUUGCCGUCGCUAUCUACCCCUACAUGGCGGAACAGGAGGACGAGUUCGACGUGGUUGUGGGAGACACUUUCGUUAUCGUUUCUCGAGCACGAGGCUGGUGGGUCGUCCAGCGCGACCCUGCAGGGACAGGUCAUGUCGAGCAAGACCCCUCAAAGCAGGGCUGGGUACCAGCAGGAUGUCUCCUCGAGACUAAGGUCCCUGUGGCGACAGCGAUCGCAGAGGCGACCGCGAAUUCCCGAACUACAACAGGCACCUCGCCGCCAGUCACACCACCUGGCACGACGCCCAUUCUACCGCUCAGUAUCCUAUCCACGAGCUUCCCUGGUAUCGCGCUGAUGGAUUACAAGAAGAAGGGAGACGAGGAGCUGGAUCUACAGAAGGACGACUGCUUGCGGGUGUUCAAGCGGUAUAAUCAUUGGUCAUACGCCGUCAAAGAAGACACGGGAGACAGAGGCUGGGUUCCCUCGUGGUUCAUAGGGAAGGUUCCCACAUCGUCAGGCACACCUGCGACGCCGAGUGCCGCCACAGCACCCGGCCUCACCGCAGAUGCACAGGAGGCACCGUACAAUCUACUGAGCAGUCAGGCUGCGCAGGUCUCUCCCAUGUCGUCGGCGUUCCCACCCAUACAGACGCGAACAACAACGGCUGUUAGCUAAGGGUGGCCGAUGUUGCUCUGCUUCUUCGUCCGGACUUCUUUGGCUCUGCAUCGUCACGCACUUCACGAAUUUCCCCGCACCCUACCCUCAUACACCCCAUCUCGUCUCUCACAUAGACCACAUCGCAUGGUCUGGUCUUUCGUUCACUGUCUCUGCAUGUGUUUCCUCUCGCAUCGUCUAGUACCACCCCCGACCACGUCGCUCCUUAACGUUUAUUGGUUUUCUCACCAUCGGCUCGCUAAUGUCAAUAACGACUCGCAUAUCAUCCCGUGUCCUUCGUUGCCGUCUUGUGUCCCUGUACGCGCUCGCGCUCAUCCUGACGAUGCGUCCGCACGUGAAGCAUACAGAUCUAGCGCAAUUCCCUCCCCUGGAUUACUCCUUCGUUCCCUUUCUCCGUCUGCUUUGCCGUAGGUAUUCGCCACUCGCUGCCCCCUUCAGCUCGCUGCUCUGAGCAUCGCAUCAUUGAUAGCAUGUCAGCCGUCUCGUAGUACUGUACAAGUAGUAUCUAUUCUCUCAUAUGACAUCUCAAAGCAUAUCGCUCUGCUAGGGUCGGUCUUAAGAGCAUGCAUGAUCUGGAUGGGUGAUGAUGAUACUAUGCGAUGCGGAGGUGUCAACAUAUAUCAAUGAGUUAUCAAUAGGGAACAAAGGUAUUGGUCUGACGUGCGGCGAGACUCGGGGCGUAACAAGACAGCGACUGGAUAGCGAUGGAGAAAGCAGAAUAUGGGUACAUACAACUAUAGUCCAAGUCCCUCCAGAAUCAUAAUCCGCCGGGUCGAGAGACAAGGCGAUUUGUGGCAACAUUCUCGCGUACGUGUGGAAGCAUGCGGUAACAUGAUGGAUCGACGUGAUGUCAAGGUGCGUUCAGGAACACGGGGAUUCGCUACAUCUCCUUGUGAUUCCGCCGAAACGGAUGGAGGACGUGGGUCAACCUGCGGGAACAAGACGCAGCGCGCGUACGUAGAGCAGAACAAGAUGGACACUGUCAGCACGGCCAGCCCGGAAACGCAUCAAGAGCCAAGGAGAUGCGGCACCUAUGUCGCCGACGCUCACCAUCCGCGCCAUCCGCGCCGGCUCCCGGUCGACGUCGUCGGGCUGCCGGCGUCCCUGACCCCCCCGCGUUCACGCUCGCGCUCGCGGUCCCUGGUCGCGUCCUUUCCGUCGUGACUGUGUCGCGGGGAGUGCCCGGUGCUGAUCUUGCUCGCGCGCUUGUCCGAGGGGUCGUGGCGAUCGUGAUGGCCGUGACUGUGACUGUGGCUGCUGGGGCGCGUGCUGGUGCUGUUGUACCGGCCGGGCAUGGGCGGGUCGGCGUCCAUCUGGUUGCUGUGUCGCCUGUCGCGGUCGACUGGGGAAGUCGGGGGAGGGACAUACGUUCCUGAGGACCGACGUGGGUCUUCCGUCAUCGCGCGCUCGCGGUGGCUAUGGCGCGACGAGCGGCGCUCGUGGUGGGACGGCUGGACGGGAGGCACGACCGGCACCGGCUGUGGCUGAGGCUGAGGCUGGGCGUAGGCAUGGCUGUAGCGAUGUGGACCGGACGAGAUGGGUACGUUGAAUGACUGCGCUGGGGGAGGGGGGGGGACGACGUUGACAGGAGGCUCGGCGGGUCUGUCUGCGAUGGCGGCGGGCGGAGAGCGAGGUGUGGGCAUGGUGCUUGAACGGCGGGGUGCGUCGAUGUAGCCGCCGCUGGGCUGCUCGACGCCGUUGAUGGUGUACCGUUCUCCGUCUGGGGAGGAGUAGAUAACGUGCUCGUUGCCUUCUGCGUCGACACGCUUGGUGAUCGACUCUGUUCGACCGUUGAUGGUCCGCGUCGUCUGGCUUUGCGAGACGAAUCGCCCGUUGCUCCCAAUGGUCUGUGACCUGGAGCUGUAGACGCGAGUGUUUGAAGAGUUCAUGGCGGGCCCGGUCAGGAAGCCGCCAAAGGGCGACCCGCCGAGCAAGCUUCCACCAAAGGGAGAACCGCCGAAGGGCGACGAGCAGAACAGGGACCCGCCAAACGGAUCACCCAAUGGCGACGAGCCGAACGGGGAGCGGAAGAAGGGGUCAUCGAAUGGCGAGCGAGUGAAGGGCGUGUUCGCGAAGAAUGGGUCGUUGUCGAACGCCGCAUGGAGGUCGCCAAAGAGGGAGUUGAACAGCUCGAAGGGGUCGGUGAAGGUCCACUGAGGUCCGCGCGAGUGUGAGCCCGAGCCGAAGUGACCGCUGAAGAAGGGGUCGUUCGCGAAGGGGUCUCCAGGGAAUCCGAAUGGAGAUCUGGCAGAACUGCGGCCGGCAUCUGGCUGCUCAGCAGGAGGAGGCCAAACGCCGUGUUUGUCGUACAACUUGCGAUUCUCCGGGUUGUUGAGAACUUCGUAGGCAUUGUUGACUAACCUGAACUGCUCUUCGGCAGCCUUCUUGUCUGCCGGACUAACGUUCUGGGGCAGCCGGUCGGGGUGGGUUUGUAAUGCCCUCUUGCGGUAUGCUUUCCUCACUUCCUCCGGAGUGGCUUCCUUCGUCACGCCGAGGAUCUCGUACAAGGUAGCAGAGGCGGACACGGACAUAAGAGGUCUAGAGUUGGGUCAGUGCGAAGGUAUGCAGUAUAGAAGGCGAAUGGGGAGGACGAAGGUAAGCACUA